AUGAUCCAGGUGUUAUGUUUGUUUCUUCUCAAUUUCAAACAGUUGGAGCUAACUCGUAUGGACGCUGUUGGUGACUUAAAGAAGCAGCUUUACGUGGAGUUCGACGGUGAACAGGGAAUUGAUGAAGGUGGUCUUAGCAAGGAAUUCUUUCAGCUCAUUGUGGAACGCAUUUUCAAUCCAGAUUACGGUAUGUUUGUCUUCGAGGAGGAAUCUCAGUGCUUCUGGUUCAAUCGUAGUCCUCUGGCCGAAGAGCUAGAACGCGAAUACUGUCUUAUUGGAACUAUCCUCGGUCUGGCCAUCUACAAUAGUGUUAUUCUUGAUAUCCACUUUCCUGCUGUUCUCUUCCGCAAACUCUGUGGCAAACUCGCCUCAGGAUUGGAGGAUCUCAUGGAGGGUUGGCCAACUCUGGCUCAUGGACUUCAGGCCCUUCUGGACUAUGAUGGAGAUGAUUUUGAAGAUGACCAUAGCAUCAACUUUGUGGUCAAUUACAAGGAUAUGUUUGGUCAGUCAAUCACCCACGAAUUGAUUCCCAAUGGAGCUUCAACACCUGUUACUAAGGCAAAUCGGCAUGAAUUUGUAGACAAAACGGUCGAUUUUCUACUCAAUACCUCUGUCAAGAAGCAAUUUGCGGCUUUCAGAAAGGGGUUCCUUUUGGUGGUUGGUGACACGCCUCUAUUCCAUCUCUUCUCUCCCUCUGAGAUUGAACUCCUUCUUCUUGGAAGUCAGAACUACGACUUUAAGGAACUCGAGCGAGUUACGGAGUACGAGGGUGAUUACAACGCUGAAACGCCCGUAAUUCGCCAAUUCUGGUCGGUAGUUCACUCUAUGCCAGAGGAAGAACAGCGCAAACUUCUCCAAUUCACCACUGGAACUGAUCGUAUCCCUGUCGGUGGCAUGUCUCGUAUGAAAUUUGUCAUCGCCAAACAGGGACCUGAUUCUGACAGGUUCGUGAUCAUUUUUACUUUAUGCCAGGAAAAGAAUAAAGCAUUUUAG